UGAAUUAGAGAAAGAGAGCGCAUAUAGCAUCAGUUAUUUCGGGGGGCAGACCUACAGUAAGACAAGUUUAAGUGUGAGCACUGACUUCUUCAUCACAUUGUUUCUUCUGUUGAUAAAGAAAAUAGGAAGACGACUAAACAGGACUGAGACUAAAAAGCAGCAAAGGACUAGAAAACAUAUUUAGUAAGUAAACUGAGAAGAAGGCAACAUCUCAUAAAAUUGAUAACAAACCACAUGGUAUCCAUGACCGUUCCCUUGGCCAAGAUGUUGAUGGCAUGGCUGGUGAUCAUGGCAUUUUUGUCUCCAUGUCUUGGGAUAAGCAAUGAAGUGGAUUAUGGGAACUGGAACUACAGAGAGGGAGCGGAGAACGUGAAUGUGGCCAACAUACGCAGUGUUACCCGAGUGUUGGAUGUCUGGGGCAAACGUAUAUUCAAAGAAAUCAAGACACUUCUACAUUCACAGCCCAGUGAUCUUCUACCAGACUACUCCAGGGUUCGUCCUCUUUCGGAGUCCUUAAAUGAUCUCUUCAGAGAAGUCUCACAUUUACAGAAGCGAAUCACGGACCUUAACAAUCGCCUAGCAACCCUGGAGCCGUUUCUCCGUCAUCAUGGUUACCGCGAGCAGGGGGAGGAGGGACAAGAGUCGCCUCAGAGCGUGAAAGGGGCGGAGUCAAGUCAAGCAAGGUAUCCAAGGCGGUACAAGGUUCGAGUGCUCCGCCCUGUCAAGAAGAUGAUACGCAACAGACCAGUGAAAGUGACCAAUGACAGUGCAAGGGUCAAGGCAAAUGAAAGUGAGAGGUAGAAAAACAUUGAGAGCAUAAAAUAUUUAGAUGCGUUUUAAAAAAAGAGUAAAAGUAUAUAAAAGUUUGAUCAAAGGGAUGUUAUUCUUGAUAUAUAUAUAUUGAUAUAUAUUUUUUUCAUUUGCACUUCCUCUUUGAAGCUCAAAGACUCACUUCAAUACCACAAAUGUAAAAACGAAGAGUUUUGAUGCAAAACCCUCUAAGUGCAUGCAAGCUUUUCUGGCAAAAAAAACUCUGAGCAUCUGAGCUCUUCAAAUAAAAAGUAUCUAUUAAAUAUGCAAAUAAAAAAUGAUGAAGUAGUUAAAGAAAGUUUUUGUUAUUAAAAGACAUUUUUAAGUUCCUUUUUUAUAACCAAGCACAUCUUAUUUUAGAACCCCCGGCUGGCAAUCAGUAAGCUUUAAGUAUAGACAGAACAAUGUAGUUUUAUGUAGUAAUGUUACAAUGUAGCAUCAACCAUUAUGGGCAUGCAUCUCUUAUAUGUACUCCUGCAAGACCUAAAAAGUGCUUAAAAAUUCUUGUCAGAAAACUGAGGGGCUGUAAAUGUGUAAUUGUGGAAAACUUUCCAACAGGAAAUAACAAAUGAAUAAAGCUUGAGAACAAAACAGACACAAGUUGAUGUCUUCGCAAACAAGAAUAAACAAAGAUAAACUUAAAUAAAUCAUUCUGUCACAGGAAACAUUUCUAAAUAAACUGAGUGAAUACAAAGUGAAUACGCUUUUAAAUGUAUUAAAAAUAUUUAAAAAUGCAA